CUGUCAUGAAGAAGCGAGCCAAGAAGGUGCUGGAGGAGAAGGAGGAGGUCUUGUGCUGCUGCGAGUAUGUGAACAGACAUGGAGAGCGCAGCCAUGUGGCGGCCUGCUGCUGCGACUGUGAGGACCUGGACGACGCCUGUGAUAGGUUUAUGAAGAGGGAGGCCCAGAAACCAGAGUCCCUGUCGCAGGUGGCUGCAGUCGUCACGGACCGGAUCCGUGUGCCCUGGCUGUGGGGUGGCGCCCGAAAACUGGAGCUGUCCAUCAUCCCUCCUCUCAUUCUCCUCCCCGCCCUGCUGCACCUCGCCGCUCUCCACUUCAUGCUUGGCCUGGUGGUUCUGACAGCUCUGCCCGUCUUGGUGCUUUGGUACUACUACUUCACCCAUCGCAAGAAGGGACGGACGCUCUUCUUCCUCAGUCUGGCCCUCUUCUCCUUGGCGUACAUGUACUACUUGUUCAUCACAGAGGUGGUUCCCAGCGGCGACGUCGGCCUGCUUCCGGUAGUGCUGGUAAGUGUGGGGGUCGUCCUCACCCUGCUGGCUCUCGUCCACACCAAGAGGGACCCUGGCAUUGUGCGGCCAAACCAGGAGGCCGUCCACAGCACGGUGACGUAUUACGCCCCCCUGGUGGACAGAGACCCUUCCCUGAACGGGGGGAGGCAGGAUGUGACAAUGACAGUGUCCAACCGGUCGGGGUCGCCGGAGCAGGCGGAGGUGAAGGAAAGUAGCCGAAAGAACUGGUGUCCGGUGUGCAGGGUGGUGCGGCCCCCGAGGGCCGGACAUUGUCGGAUCUGUGGUGUCUGCGUGCUGCGUCUCGACCACCACUGUGUCUGGAUAAACAGCUGUGUGGGACAGGCCAACCACCGCAGCUUCCUGCUCACGCUUGUCUUCUUCCUGCUGACGUCGCUGUACGGCAUCAUCCUGGUGCUGCAGAGUGUGUGUCCGCAACAAAACGUCCUCACCGCCUUGCUCUACUGCCCAGGAGUCUACAACCAGUACAGCACUGCUCUGUGCUUCACCUGUGCGUGGUACAGCAGCAUCGUGACCGGUGGGCUGCUUCACCUGCUGCUAGUGCAGGUCAUCAAUGUCAGCUAUAAUGUGACCGAGCGAGAGGCACGAAUCGCCCUGCGAGAGAAAACCGCCCGCAGUGCCUACUGGGGGCUCGUGGUGGACACUGGGGUCUACUCUCUAGGUUUCCGUGGCAACUGGUCCGAAUUCAUGACCAUGGGGGACAAACUAAAUCCCCCCUCUCCUGCAGAUCUGGUGUAAGAGACUAUUACACAACCCUAUUACACACGGGAUUAUGGCUGCUGUUCUGUUCGUGUCCACUGGAUGGCAACAUGGCUCCUUUUAAACCAGGUUUAACUUAAACGGGCCCUCUGCUGUUGGCAGUAAACCUGAGGGCUACCAGGACUGUUCUCAGCAAUGCUUUAAGUUGCAGCUACAGCCGUGGAGUUGCACUGACUCUGACACUUUGAGCAAUAACAACUACAAAUCCCAGUGAGAUGCAUUUACUGCCAUUACUUUGACUGACAACUGGCAUCUCCUCUAUGCCGCUGUACUCACUCUCACCCAUGUUCACACCACCGCUGCCUCAUUCUGCUUCUCAUCAGCUGCUCUGCCAAACAGACAUCACUGUUUUCUCCACUCUGGAUGUCUUCCUUGGAUUUGAACCCUGACCUUUUGUCUCCUCUACUUUCUAGUGCCUUGGUGGAUGAUUGCAAACAAGCAAAUCGUGAGUGAACUCCAACAAUGCCAGUCUGUUGAUUCUGGUAGAGGCAUUUCCUGUGAGCACAACAGCAACCACACAAAUGACACCUCUUGAUACAUAGAUACACUUGUUCAAGGAUGGUCUUCUUCUUCCCCAUACCUCCUUCAUCCUUCACAAACACCAACUGUACUUUACCUUACACGGCCUUGUAAAAUGCGUCAAGGACAUUUACCACAGAUUAAUUAAACAUAUGUCUGCAAAAGCCAGAAAAUCAAGUUCUACAGCAAUCACUUGCAUAGUUUUGAAUAGAUUCAUAGUAAGUUUGACUCUGUUAAGCUCUUUCAAACUGACUCACAAAUGAAGCAACUCCGAAUACAUGAAAAAAGCAAAUGAAUCAAUGUGUUUAAUACAGAAAUGAGCUUUCCACUAUCACUGCUUUUCAGUCCUCAACAGAAUGAAAAGCUUUUUUGUAUCCUGAAAAUUGUAUGGGCCCAGUUGUGUGUGUUUGUAUGAAAUCAAUUAAAUUUAUUUUUAUUAAAUGAACAUGAAAAAUAU